AUGGUCUGUAAAUCUGGCCAGCUCUUCAACAUUGACUUUGCCAAAAUCUUCGGCAAUUUUCAGACGAUCAUCGGCAUUAAUAGCCUACGACCCUUUAUUAGCGUGAGAUACCUGAACACCGGCUCUGUUUGCGACGCUGAUGUUCCAAAUCAGAGCCUGCUGGUUUUCGCGAGCGAUCAAGAUCGCGCACCCUUUGUUCUCACGCCGGAUAUGCUGCGAGUGGUGAAGGAAGCACUCUCAACCUGGCCGGCACCAGCCAAGCUGAAGAAGGACAAAGGUCUCGAGGAUCUCCAGCAGUUUGUAGGCCUCUGUUGUGAGGCUUACAACCUCCUACGCAGGAAUGCUCCCGCCCUGUUGAACAUCCUCGAAAUGGCACGGCACGGCGGACUGCCGGGCUUGACUGGUGAAAAUGUCAAAUACGUCGUGGAUGCUUUGCGAUUGCAGGAUUCUGAUGACGAAGCACGACUGCACUUCACAAAUUUAAUUCGUCAAAGCAAGACGACUAUGACCACGCAGAUAAACUUCUUCAUGCACAGUUGGGCUCAGCGAAGAUUCUCUCCGAAUCGCAUUGAUGGAGGGCUGCCCUCGACCGCAGGCCCUGGACGUGUGUACAUGAGAACUGCAGUCCAAAAUCUCGGGCCACAAACCGAAUGCCUCCUGCAACCCCCCGAUGCCGAUGCACCCUACUUGGUGUAA